AUGUCCACAUUUGACCUAAUAUCAAGCUGGAAGAUACCCGAAUUGAAACUUUUCCUCAACAAACGAGGUCUGAAAACAUCUGGGUCAAAACAAGAACUUGUUGCUAGAGUUUUUGCGGCAAAUGAACUUGAUUUGCCGAUCAUUAAAAAUGCGGUAGAGCGACUGCAAGAAAAUGAAGCAGAUUACAGAAAUUUAUUAUGUAGCGAUGGCAGAGAAAUUCCUGACCCAUUGAAGUUAAAUGAUGGAUGGCUGUCUGAAUCUCAGGCACUCCGAUUGUGGCCACCAGUAUUUUACAGUGAUAUUUGCAACUAUUUGAUGCAAAAUCAUCUCGGGGAAAAGGACCUUACGAAGCGGAUACUGAAUGAAUACAAAGAAGGAAAGGCCUGGCGAUAUUUCAAAAAACAAUGGGUGAAAGAAGUUUUCUUCCACCAAAUAUCGGCCGAUAGUCCCGUUUGCUUUCUGAAAAAUUGUUGCACCCCAUCCGAAAGGCUCUCCGAACCACCCUAUAACGUUUGGGUUUUGAUCAAAAAGAGCUGUGGAGAAGUCAUCAGUGGCUACUGUACUUGCCCUGCAGGGUACGUAUUCUUCCUUCCCUCAUGAUGU